ACUUUCGCGCGAACGCUUCAGUCUCGCAAACCGUGCUGCUCAACAAACAGCAACGACGGAAAAUAACCAGUCAUCAUUAAAAUUAACUUAACAUUCCACUGCAUUAAAAUUCGGUCGGCCAUUACGUUAUCUGAAGCCCUGCAAGGGUCAACAAUAGGCCCGAUAGUGUAUAUCAUAGAAAAAAAUCAAAAUGUUUAAGUACACAGACGCGCGGAGCAAAAAUCUCUAUUAAUAGAGUAGGGAAUUUAUUGCAUUGGAGCUGAAAAUUCACUAUAGUGCGUAUCGUUGGAGGAAAACGGUUUGGUGGUUAAAUAAAUAAUAGUGAGAGUGAAGGGAUUUGAGGAUGGGGUGUGAGUUGACGAAGCUGGCAGCAUCUGAAGUUCAUAAUGACCCCAUAGACCGUCCGCCUCCGCCGGCGGACCCUCGGUCACCAUUGACCACGAAGCAGCAGUACUGCAUGCUGGCCUCUUGGAAAGGCAUCUUCAGGCAGAUCGAGACCACUGGCAUCAUUCUUUUUAUCAAAUUAUUCGAAGAAAACGAAGAGCUGCUGACCCUGUUCGAAAAAUUCGAGGACCUCAAAACGCAAGAGGCACUGGCCAUCUCCACGGAGUUAGCAGAACACGCUACGAAGGUCAUGCACACACUGGAUGAGGGCAUCAAGGGGCUGGGGGAUAUUGACGCCUUCUUCGCAUAUGUGAGGCAUGUGGGGGCUACACAUCACCAGGUGCCAGGGUUCAAGGCGGAGAACUUUUGGAAAAUCGAGCAGCCGUUUCUGCAAGCAGCGAAGACGACGCUCGGCGAUAGAUACACGCCGAACAUCGAAAAUAUCUACAAGAAAACCAUUCGGUUCAUACUGGAAAAUCUAGUCAAGGGGUACGAAGAGUCAAGCAAAGAGAACGGGAACGGUCAAAAUGGGCAGACUUGAUGGAUGUAUAGUUUAAGCUGCAGUCACACGAUUAAUGAUAAUGUUAGGCGUUAAAAGAAUCCAAUGAUGUGGACAUUUUUAAGGAAUUAAUGCCCGUUUUCACCAUCAAUCCCUAAUUUUUAAGUGACCCCUAUGAAAACAAAAUUCCUGUUUUGUGUUACCAGUCACUUAAAAAUUAGGGAUUGAUGGUGAAAACGGGCAUAAGUGGACUUUCCACAACACACCACUUGGAUCGUGUGUUGGACGCUUUAUUUGUUAAUUUUGGAUAAAUUUUUGCUUAGAUUUAAAUGUAAAAUGAACCAUUUUUAUAUAUGGAGGUCUUUUAACAACUCUAAUUGCAAAACGUUGUAUUAAUCUCAGUAUACCAAGUUACCAACUAAGUUUACAAACAUGUUUUAAGGUACAUUGUAUCAAUUACGAGUAUAAGAAAUGUAUAUCGCCCAUUUGCGACGACACUGUGACAUCUCGACAUAUACGAUUUUUUGUUUUACCGAAAUUCUGAACCGCGAUCUUGCGUUCUUUUAUCUCCAAAAACAGGGUAUUUGUUACUCCAAAAACAACAAUACUAUGAGAGAAAGAGACAAAAUAUUACGUUAUAGCGCUGGCUCGUUCGGCGAUCUAGUUGGCUUCGACACUGUGACAGUUCAGUUGCCACCUGCGCUUUGAGAUGUGAGGUGCUCUUCGUUUUUAAGAAAAACGUGACAUCUAGAGGAUACCGCGGUAUUGAUGACAAAGGUAAGUUUUUAAAAUAUUUUUAUUUUAUUCGACAAUGUGGCACGUCAUACUUAUCACAGUGUUCUUCUAAAACAAAAAGCAAAGUAAAAGAUAAAUUAUUUAUAUGUCACGUUAUUCUUGUAAGAAAAUCGAAGUAUCAUCGGGACAUCUUAACUAGUAACGUUGUAGAUGAUGAAAAUUUUUCCUAUAUUGGAAAUAUGUUGUAGGUCAUUUGUUGAUGUUCUGUUAUUGCAGAAUACAUGUUAUUGAAAUUGAAUGGUAUAUCUACUUGUCACGUUGUAUACGCUAAACAGUAAUACUAAACUCCAGAUAUCAUUACAGAUGGGGACUAGCAAUGCAAAAAAGCAAAGGUUAACAUUUGUGGCGAUGCACUGCCUGAAGGAAUUCCACAACCUAAUCCGACAACAUGACUAACAG